GAUCACGACGUACUGGUCGUGCUGUUGAUAACUUCAAGAAAGAAAAGACACGAGGUAGUAGUUUUUGUUUCGGGUUGCAAGGACACCUAGCGGUUGCCGGUUCGUUUCGCCAGAUUCAUGAGCAACUGUCACAGGCACUGUCCGUCGUGUUUCUCGUUGACACGGGUUGUUUCUGCGAUUGCCAUGCGUGGGUUAUCGUAGUUUGUUGACCGAGCUCUCCUAGAGGAUUCCUUCCCCGCCAAGUCUGAAGUGUCCUUCAGGCGGCUCGACCUGGCCGGUGUGCAGACAAACGCCCACGCCCCCCUCCUGCUACCUGUUUGUCAACCAUGCCAUCUUACAUGGAUGUUCAUGUUCCAUGCAUUGAAGACUUACUGAAACGUGAUCCAUACCUCAAGAAUCACGAAAAUGAGAUCAGGCGAAGGUACAAGUGCUUUCAAGAACAGCUGCUGCAAAUAGAGAAUUGCGAAGGGCUCCUGGAGUUUUGUAAAAGUUACGAGAGGUACGGAAUUCACCGCCUGCCUGACAACUCUAUCCGUAUGCUUGAGUGGGCACCAGGUGCUGAAGCCGUGUUCCUGCGUGGGGACUUCAACGCAUGGGAAAGGUUGACACAUCCCUUCAAGAAGCUCCCCUAUGGCAAGUGGGAACUGACUCUGCCUCCAAAGGCCGAUGGCUCCUGCCAAAUCCCGCACCUUGACAGAAUCAAGAUUGUCAUUCUCAACAAAACCACAGGGGAGCUUGCAGACCGAAAUAGCCCUUGGGCUACGUACGUUGUCCGGGACAAAAAUGUCCCCCAGUUUGGGCAGCGCUUCUGGGAUCCCCCAGAAAAUGAGCGUUACAAAUUCAAGCAUCCCAAAGUACCAUUACCCAAAAGCCUUCGUAUCUACGAGUGCCACAUUGGCAUUGCAUCUGAGGACUACUGGGUUGCUAAUUAUGCAAACUUCAAGGACAAUGUUCUUCCUCGAAUCAAGAACCAAGGUUACAACGCAAUUCAAAUCAUGGCUAUCAUGGAACAUGCAUAUUACGCAAGUUUUGGCUAUCAAGUAACAUCAUUUUUUGCAGCUUCCAGUCGGUACGGCACUCCGGAAGAGCUGAAAGCACUUGUGGACCGUGCACACGAGAUGGGCAUCUAUGUGCUGCUGGACGUGGUACACAGCCACGCAUCCAAGAAUGUCCUCGAUGGCCUGAACGAGUUUGAUGGCACCAACAGCUGCUACUUCCACGAUGGAGGUCGUGGAACACACCCUCUGUGGGACAGCCGGCUCUUCGACUACACACAGAUGGAGACACUACGCUUUCUGCUCUCCAACUGCUAUUGGUAUCUACAGGAGUACCAGUUUGAUGGCUUCCGCUUUGACGGUGUCACCUCGAUGCUGUACCAUUCGCACGGCAUGGGCCAUGGCUUCAGUGGUGACUACAACGAGUACUUUGGCCUCAACAGUGACACAGAAUCGCUUGUCUACCUCAUGUUGGCUAACCACAUGAUCCACAAGCUAUUCCCCAAUGCCAUCACCAUUGCAGAGGAUGUGUCGGGCAUGCCAGCCUUGUGCCGACCCGUGGACGAAGGUGGUGGAGGCUUCGAUUUCCGCCUAGGCAUGGCAAUUCCUGAUCUCUGGAUCAAGCUCCUAAAGGAACAAAAGGAUGAGGACUGGAACAUGGGGAACAUUGUGCACACCAUGAGCAACCGCCGGUGGAUGGAGAAGACGGUUGCCUACGCGGAGUCGCAUGACCAGGCCCUUGUAGGGGACAAGACAUUGGCUUUCUGGCUGAUGGACAAGGAGAUGUACACCAACAUGUCGGUGCUGACAGAGCUUAAUCCCAUUGUUGACCGUGGCAUUGCCCUGCACAAGAUUAUCCGCAUGAUAACUCAUGCUCUUGGUGGUGAAGCUUGGCUCAACUUCAUUGGGAACGAGUUUGGUCAUCCCGAGUGGCUGGACUUCCCACGUGUGGGCAACAAUGAAAGCUACCACCAUGCCCGGCGUCAGUGGCACCUCGUGGAUGACAAUCUGUUGCGCUACAGGUUCCUCAACAACUUUGAUCGUGCCCUCAAUGAGACCGAGGACAAGUACCACUGGCUGCCAGCACCACCAGCUUACGUAAGCUGGAAGCAUGAAGAUGACAAGGUGGUGGCCUUUGAGAGGGCUGGCCUUCUCUUCGUGAUCAACUUUCAUCCUUUCAGGAGCUUCUCAGACUACCAAGUCGGCAUUGAUACGCCUGGAAAGUACAAAGUUGUCCUGGACUCUGAUGCGGAGGAGUUUGGGGGCCACAAGCGCAUUGACCGGGGAGUGGAUACCUUCACUUUCAACAACCCCUUUGCUGGGCGAAGGAACUCCAUCAAAGCAUACAUUCCCAGCAGAGUGGGACUCAUCUACGCACGUGUAGAAUGAUGUUGACUGGAUGCUUGUGGAAAAUAGUGCAACAUAUUUCCUCUAGGUUUGCAGCCAUUGGAGCGUGCUGUUCACAAAUAAACACUUCUGCAAACACUGA